AUGUGGUACUCUAGCUCGAAGAAUGAAUCUAUACCCGAUUUGUUAGUAAAAUAUACUGGUUACGAUGAACCUCAACCUAUGAGGGUAUAUUUGAAGCUAUUUAGAGGACCUUCUUCUAAUUCCAAUGUAUCCUUUAAGAUAAGGGAAGGCAAUUCGAUAAACUUUACAGAUACCCAGUUGACUGGCUUUUCCAAGGAUCAGGUAGUUAAUACUCAAUAUAAGUUCGAUAAAGUGUUUGCAAGUAAUGAUACUGGUGUGGAACAUCAAGAAUUCAUUGAAUCUAAUUUGGAAAGUUUAUUACAAGGCUAUAAUACUUCUAUUGUGACUUAUGGACAAUCUGGUACUGGGAAGUCGUUUGAACUAUACGGUGAACAACAGGAUGGACUUAUAUUUCAAUUAUUAACGAAAUUAUUUAAUAGAAUUGAUGAAGAAAUGGGGAAUAAUAAUAAGAAUAUACAUUAUACUGUAAAAUUCUCAUUUCUAGAGGUCUAUCAGGAAAAAAUGUUUGAUUUAAUGGACAGUCCUUCUGUUAAAAAGCAUUUAAAAAUAAAUGAUUCUACAUAUGCAAUGAAUGGAUUUCAAGUAGAGAAUCUUCGAACAACUCAAGUUCUGACCUUAGAGGAAUUGAAGAUAUUGAUAAAUAUAUGUCUGCUGAAUCAAAAGGAAAGGCAUAAUAAUUUAAUACAGAGGUCACACACAAUCAUGGAAGUUAGUAUAGAGAAGAGAAAUAAAUUGGACGAAUCUAUAACCAUGAGUUCAUUGUAUAUAGUGGAUUUAGCUGGCUCUGAUCCUAUAGGUAAAAAUAGCUCAAGUGGGAUAACAACAGAAGAUGCAAAAAAAAUUAAUCAUCAAAUCAAAUCAGUAAAUGAUGUAAUUAAUGGAUUAGUGGUAAUGAAUAGAGAAGGAGGUAUAAUGACAGAUAUCUCAACUUUGAUGCAUAAAGUUCCUUACAAAUCAUCCAUACUGACAAGGUUAUUACUAGAUCCACUGGGUGGAAAUUGUAAAACCACUUUUUUAUUAACAUCUUCACUAAAAAAAAAUGACUGGAAUGAAACUUUAUCAACAUUAAAGUUCGGUUACAAUUGUAAAUCAGCAAAUACAAAUCCAAGAAUAAAUAGGUUUGGUCUUAAUUCAAAGGCUACAAUGGAUAUUUUUCUCACUGACAUGAAAUUGAAAGAAGACAAUUUCAUUUCAAUCACUAACAACUUAACAAACCAAGUAAAUAACUUAAUGACUCAAGCAAACAGCCUAGAGGAUGAACUGAAAAAUAAUGAAACAAAAUAUAAUAAAAAAGAAACCAAUAUUUUAAAGUCUCAAGUGGAAACUUUGACAGAACUUCUGAAUAAUCCUAACAAUAGAUCACAAGUGGAUUUAAGAAACCAGAAUGAAAAUACUGAGAUCUUAACAAAAUUAUUAGAAAAAUGUGAACAUAACGCCUCCUUAGAGUUAUCCUUAGAUGACAAAAUGAAAGAAAUAUUGAUUCUAAGGCGAAGAGAAUCCGAAUAUAAAGCAAGAAUAGCUUCUACAGAGACAAUGAAUCAACAUUUGUUAGACAGAGUUACAGAAUUAGAAUUACAAAUGAAAUCUCUUUUGGUAGGAAAUUCUAACUUUGAAAUUGGAAUUGAUAAUGAAAAUAUGGGGCAGUAUUCUAGCUUGACACCAAAUUCAAGCUUUAAUACACCAACAAAGCAUGUUUCUAGCAAAACUUCUUCAACAGCUUUGACUGAUAGCACGCUUGUUCGUAUGAGUAAAGAUGCUGGUUCCAUGAAAUCAAAUUGGCUAUUUGGAAGCAGGGAAAAGAUAUGGGGAACAAGAAAGGUUUCUGGUAGUAGCAUUGCUUCUGCAGAUUCAUCAACCACUAUCCAAGUGCCAGAUUCUGUAGACGGAGUUAAUUUAAGGGUACUUAAGGUAGCUCAAAGAAAGAAAAAGAUUCCAGAACUGUAA